CCCUGCGCACCUGCACGUGGCGGCACAGCACCGCCGCGAGGAGCACGUGGGAAGCAGGGUGGGAAGAGCUUGCAGCCAGGUCUAACUUCCAAACUUGGCCCACCUGUCAUUAGCCUGGUGACCCGGGUGGGCGGCUUUGGCUGGAACCCUGCAGCCUUGCGGGUCAAAGGUGUAGGUAGCAUCUAGCACUGUAAAUGUCUUCUGUUCCUACCGUUUUUGGAACCUGAACCCCAAACAGUAACUGAAUCUUAGUAUCCGGAAUCGAUUAAAGAGGACUGAGGCACUUCAGUAUUUUGAGAACUAAGUGACAUGUCUGUUACUUCUGAAGACAGUGCUUUUCACACCGCUAGGCAGGACAAGGUUUCUGCCCUUUUUGGUUCUAUGGGUUAGAUUUUUAGAAUGUAAAAAGAAAUAAUGAAAAAAAAAAUAAGUGUCCACAUUUUGUGGUCAAAAUUUUAUGUUUUAAAGGAGAGGAUUGCACCAUGGAACUAACUGGAAGGAAUUGAUAGUGUUUAUUCCUAUGAUGCGUAAAAGUGAUUUAAAGUUGCUUUUCUUGGUGUAACUCAACAUUUGUUUUUCUAGGGGAGCUCCUCUGGAUCAAGCUGUAGUGAAAAAUGUUUCGGAAAGGCAAAAAACGACACAGUAGUAGCAGUUCCCAAAGUAGUGAAAUCAGUACUAAGAGCAAGUCUGUAGACUCCAGCCUGGGGGGCCUUUCUCGAUCCAGCACGGUGGCCAGCCUUGACACAGAUUCUACCAAGAGCUCAGGGCAAAGCAACAAUAAUUCAGAUACCUGUGCAGAAUUUCGAAUAAAAUAUGUUGGUGCCAUUGAAAAACUGAAACUCUCUGAAGGCAAAAGCCUUGAAGGGCCACUAGACCUGAUAAAUUAUAUAGAUGUCGCCCAGCAAGAUGGAAAGUUGCCUUUUGUUCCUCUGGAGGAAGAAUUUAUUAUGGGAGUUUCCAAGUAUGGUAUAAAAGUGUCGACGUCAGAUCAAUACGAUGUGUUACAUAGGCAUGCUCUGUACUUAAUCAUCCGGAUGGUGUGCUAUGAUGAUGGUCUGGGGGCAGGGAAAAGCUUAUUGGCCCUGAAGACUACGGAUGCCCGCAGUGAAGAAUACAGCCUCUGGGUUUAUCAGUGCAGCAGCCUGGAACAAGCACAAGCCAUCUGCAGGGUUUUAUCCGCCGCCUUCGACUCUGCGCUGACGUCUGAGAAGGCGUGACAGCCGGCCAGUGGAGUUCCGUCCUGGGAAGGAAGGUCCGGCUGUUUUCCAAACGGUUGUUUCAAUCCACAGCGCUGAACUGUUAUGAAAAUAUGAAGUGAUCCCUUGCUAGAUUUUCUAGAGAAAAA